AUGAGGCCAGCUACUGCUGGGGUGGAGCUAGAUCUUCAUAAAGAGAGGAAGAGCCGCUCAGGGCUCAGCAUGUGCCGCAGGUCCACGGUAAAGAUGAGGGGAAUCCUGACCUUGGGGCUCCUGUUGGCUACUCCCAGUUGCCUUGGCUACUGUGAGGACCUAGUCAAGUGCUUCCAGGACCCUGAAUACGAGUCCAUCCUUGUCACGGCCCAGGAGGGCCUCUAUACCUCCCCACUGCCCAAGCGCAUGGUGAUAGUGGGAGCUGGCAUGUCAGGCCUGGUGGUGGCCAAGGCCCUGCAGGAUGCUGGCCACCAGGUUACAGUUCCGGAAGCCAGUGACCACAUUGGGGGUCAAGUGGUCACAUUCAGGAAUGAGGAGGAGGGCUGGUACUAUGAAGUGGGGCCCGUGCGAAUCCCAAAGUCACACAGGUAAGUCCACACCUAUGUCAAGAAACUGGGCCUGAAGCUAAACAAAUUCAUACAAUACGAUGGCAAUACCUGGUACCUCAUCAAUGGACAACGCUAUCGCGCUAGGGAGGUCAAGGCCAACCCAGAGCUCCUGGGCUAUUCCAUGAACCCCAUAGAGAAGGGCAAAAGCACUGAAUCUCUCUUCCACCAGUCCACUGCCAAACUCAAACAAAGUCUGAACAAUUUCAACUGCAGCCACCUGAUGUCCUUUUAUGAUUCAUACUCCACCAAGAUGAGUGAGGCUUACCUGCUGAAGGAAGGAAUGCUGAGCCCAGGAGCAGUAAAGAUGAUCAAGGAUGUGAUGAAUGAAGAUGUUGAAUACUAUAAGUCGUUCCUUGAGUCUCUACAGUCUGACAUCAUCUUCUCCAAAAGUGAUGAGUUUACCUAGAUCACCGGUGGCUUCGAUCAGCUCCCCAAAGCCCUCAGCGCCAGCUUGAAGCCUGGCACCAUCCUCCUGGGCUCCAAGGUGGAGAUGGUAGUGAGAGAUGGGCCUGAGAUCGAGAUUUCCAGUGGGGUGGGUGAGCUCCACUCAGAGCUGCAUACCCUCACCGUGGACUUUGUCAUCGUCUCCGCUUCAGUGAAGGCCACACGCCUCAUCACCUUUAAGCCACCACUCUCCCUAGACAAGGUGGACGCGCUUGGCUCGGUGCACUACACCUGUGCUACCAAGGUGGUUCUGGCCUGUAAUGAGCCCUUUUGGGAGCGGGAUGGAAUCCGAGGCGGGGUCUCCAUCACUGACCGGCCCUCGCGCUACAUCUACUACCCUAGCCACAGCCUCCCCAGCGGCAAGGGCAUCCUGCUGGCCUCCUACACCUUGGAUGAUGAUUCUCUCUUCUUCAUAUCCAUGAAGCAGGACCAGGUGGUGGAUAUUGUCCUGGAGGACCUGUUGGCCCUGCACUGGGUGCCUAAGGCGGAGCUGCGGUGCAUGUGCCCCUCCUCUGUGAUCAAACACUGGUCUCUGGACCCGCUGGUCAUGGGUGCCUUCUCUGAGUUCACACCCAACCAACUUGAGGACUAUUUGCAGCACCUCUUCCAGCCAGAGGGCUGCAUCCACUUUGCUGCUGGCGAGCACAUCUGCCUGCCCCAUGCCUGGAUAGACACUGCCAUCAAGUCUGGCCUCCGGGCAGCCAGGAACAUCCAGACUGCCGUGGACGAGGAAGCCAAGGAAGGCAGCUGA